CGGAGACUGCGAGGGAGAAUGAACGUGAGUGCGUAGAAGAGAGAAGGGGAGCGCGGGCUACGCGUGGACGCGAAGGAGAGAGCGGAAAGUGGCACGCGCUCUACCUCGUUUAUCAGUAGAUAUCAGACAGAUGCGUGCGACAGUCGGAGAGUUUGAGUUUCAGAGGAACGAUAUAAAACGUUAGCCUUUGCACUGUCGCUAACGGGGUCUGUAGGACAUACCGGGCAAAAGAUAAGGAAUGGCAGUUGAUAUUUAUCGCCAAUUGAGAGCCGUCUGGUAAGACUUGAUAGCUUGUUUCGUUCUUAUUUGUUACUGUAAUUUAUUACUCAUAAAUGCGAAUAUCAUUUGAACUGCCCUUACGUAGAUUUUCUGGAUUCUAUAGGCAUAGAUAUACAUUUUGCCCAAUGGAGCCCUAAAUAGUUGCAUAUUUUCUUUAAAAAUAGGACUUGUAGAACCGUUUUUAGACCCUGGAGACUUUCGAAACUUAGCAUAAGAGCAACAAGAUAAACGGACACAAUUUGGGCGAAAUCCACUGAAUCAACACUGAUUCAGCAAUGCCAUCCCAUUGGUCACAGACGUCAGUUCAAUGUUUAGUUGUGAUUUACAUUUGGUUGAGUUAUCACUAACGUGAAUUCAACAAAACAUGCCACCAUGUCAUUGGAUUUAGGCAAAAAAAGGGUGACUUCAAGAGCUUGAGGGGGCAUCACAACCACCACCACAACAAACCCUUACAGCCUGACACACACACAACCAACACAAACACACACUGAACCUCCAGCCAUGCUGUCGAACGAGAGCUGUGAGAACAGCACCCAUAUCCACAUGGACGGGAACCCGGUGGUGAGCACAGUGAUGUUCAUCCUGGGGGUGAUGGGGAACUUCAUCGCCCUGGCCAUCCUGGGGGUCCACCAGAAGGAGCGGCGCACCAAGUCCUCUGUCUUCUGCAUCCUGGUGACGGGGCUGGCCCUCACUGACUUGCUGGGAACCUGCUUCCUCAGCCCCCUGGUGUUUGUGUGCUAUGCCCGCCAGCGAUCCCUGCUGGGGCUCACUGGGGACCAGGGACUCUGUGGCCUCUUCGCCUUUGCCAUGACCUUCUUCGGCCUGGCCUCCAUGCUCAUCCUCUGUGCCAUGGCCGUGGAGCGCUGCCUGGCCAUCAGCCACCCCUAUUUUUACUCCAAGUGCGUCCGACGCAGCUUCGCCAAGGUGGCCCUACUGCUUAUCUACAUCUUCACCUGCGCCUUCUGUGUUUUGCCAUUCUUCGGCUUUGGCCGCCACAAGCAGUACUGCCCGGGCACGUGGUGCUUCAUCAAGAUGGAGGCAGCAGGCGAGGGGGUGGACAACGAGAGGAAGGUUCUGGCGUUCUCACUGUCCUACGCCUCACUCAUGGCGCUGCUGAUCGUGGCGGUGUUUGUGUGCAACGGCUCGGUGAUUGUCAGCCUGUGCCGGAUGCACCGCAGCCAGAUGACACGGCGUGGUUCGGUGGUGAACGGAGGGAGGAAGAGGAAGAUGAGUCUGGGCUGGUUCGGACAGGGGGAGGAGGAGAUGGACCACCUGAUGCUGCUGGCCUCCAUGACGGUCAUCUUCGUUGUCUGCUCCUUGCCGCUCACUAUUGCCGGUUUUGCCAAUGCCAUCGAGCCGGUGGGUGACGACCAGGAGAACCUGCUGGCGUUCCGUUUCCAGGCCCUCAACCCCAUCGUGGACCCCUGGGUCUUCAUCAUCUUCCGCAAGUCCGUGUUCCGCCACCUGCGCUCGCUGCUGCGCUGCCACUUCACGGGGGGAGCGGUGAAGAACACGGCCCACUGCACCUUCUUAACCCCUGACGACCACAGGGAGUCUCCCAAACCCUUGCCCUCUGUUUCCUUGCAGCCCAAGCUAUACUCCAGCCUCUUAUGUGGGGGUGGGACUCGGGGCAGGAAAGAGGAUGGGAUUUAGGGAGGGAUGGAUGUGGGAGAGAAGACAAUUGGGGGAAGGGGUUUGGGAUUUAGGGUUUGGAGAAUUAACUUUUUUGACCACUAGUACUUACAGGUACCUUAUCCACUGUUGACUAGAAUGCAUAUAGUAUACCGAUGCAUGAGUAUACCGAUGCAUGAGCUACAUGUUUCAUACAUGUUAGUGCCAUAUAAAAAGACUGCAAAUGAGUGAAUAAAGUGAGCGAUUAUGCCUCCAAACACUGAAAACAAAAAAAACUCCAAGCAACUGAAAUGGAUGUAUGCAGGAGAGGACCACUAAGGGGGAUUCAUUAUGGACAACCAGUCCUGGAGGGGCAAAGAACUCUGUCGACAUACAGUGCCUUCAGAUAGUAUCCAUACUUUAUUUUUACCUUUAAGCAAGUCGGUUAAUAACAAAUUCUUAUUUUCAGUAAUGGCCUAGGAACAGUGGGUUAACUGCCUUGUUCAGGGGCAGAACGACAGAUUUGUACCUUGUCAGCUCGGGGAUUCGAUCUUGCAACUUCUCGGUUACAAGUCCAACGCUCUAACCACCAGGCUACCUGCCACCCCUUGACUUACUCCACAUUUUGUUGUGUUACAGCCUGAUUUCAAAAUGGAUUAGAUAUAUUGUUUUUCUCACCAAUUGCACACAAUACGCCAUAAUGACGAAGUGAAAAUAGGUUUUUAGAAAUGUUUGCAAAUGUAUUGAAAAUGAAAUACAGGAAUAUCUUAUUUACGUAAGUAUUCACACCUGAGUGUUAUAAUCACCUUUCGGAGCGAUUACAGCUAUGAGUCUUUCUGGGUAAGUCUAUAAGAGCUUUGCACACCUGGAUUGUACAAUAUUUUCACGUUAAUUUUUUUAAAAUCCUUCAAGCUCUGUCAUUGCUAGACAGACAUUUUCAAGUCUUGCCAUAGAUUUUCAAGCCGAUUUUUAAGUCAAAACUAACUAAGCCAAUCAGGAACAUUCAAUGUCAUCUUGGGAAGCUACUCCAAUGUACAAUAUAUAUGGCCUUGUGUUUUAGAUUAUUAUCCUACUGAAAGGUGAAUAUGUCUCCUAAAGCAGACUUUACCUGGUUUUCCUCUAGGAUUUUUCCUGUGCUUAGCUCUAUUCCGUUUCUAUCCUAAAAAAGUCCCUAGUCCUUGCCGAUGACAAGUAUACCCAUAACAGGAUGCAACCACUGCCAUACUUGAAAAUAUGAAGAAUGGUGCUCAGUGAUGUGUUGGAUUUGCCCCAAACAUAACGCUUUAUAUUCAAGACAUGAAAUCAAUUUCUUUGCCACAUUUUUUGCAGUUUUACUUUAGUGCCUUGUUGCAAACAGGAUGCAUGUUUUGGAAUAUUUUUAUUCUGUUCAAGCUUCCUUCUUUUCACUCUGUCAUUAAGGUUAGUAUUGUAGAGUAACCACAAUUUUGUUGAUCCAAACUCAGUUUUCUCCUUUCACAGGCAUUAAACUGGCAUUAAACUCUGUAACUGUUUUAAAGUCACCAUUGGCCUCAUGGUGAAAUCCCUGAGUGGUUUCCUUCCUCUCUGAGUUGGAUGCAUGUAGCUUUGUAGUGACUGGGUGUUGAUACACCAUUUCAAGUGUAAUUAAUAACUUCAUCGUGCUCAAAGGGAUAUUUAAUGUCAGCUUUUGUUUUUACCCAUCUACCAAAAGGUGCCCUUCUUUGCGAGGCAUUGGAAAACCUUGGUCUUUGUGGUAGGAUCUGUGUUUGAAAUUCACUGCUCGACUGAUGGACCUUACAGAUACUUGUAAGUGUAGGGUAAAAAUCAUCACUAUUAUUGCACGCAGAGUGAGUCCAUCAGAGUUGAAUAAAAUGUUAUUUGUCACAUGCGCCGAAUAUUUACUUACAAGCCCUUAACCAACAAUGCAGUUUUAAGAAAAAUAUUUACUAAAUAAAUUAAAAAUAAAAGAGCAACAAUAAAAUAAGAAUAACGAGGCUAUACACAGGGGGUACCGGUACCGAGUCAAUAUGCCAGGGUACAGGUUAAUUGAGGUAAUUUGUACAUGUAGGUAGGGGUAAUAAACAGCGAGUAGCAGCAGCG